GAUGCAGUUCGAAGGCAAAAAGUGGUGUAAAUUACCGUUCUUGCCUGCUGCCUUUCCAAUGGGAUCAUAUUACAAAGUUAUCGAUUUCGGUCAAGUACGUGAUGAAACGUAAUCGAACGACUAGUAACAUCAGAUAGAACCAGUGUUCCGUGAUAGCUGCACCAGCGGCGUAGUAAAUGAACAACGUACUUAUUUUAUCAUUUCUGCAAACAUUUCACUACCCGUGAAAGAACUGUUCGAAGAAAAGAAAAGUUUCUGUGGAAAGUUACCCGGCAUUUCCUUCCUAUUUCAACCGCAUAACCAUGGAAAAGGUUAGCAACGACAAGAGCAAUGAAGCAAAGGUACAAAAGAUAAACGACGUACCACGGGUACGAAAUAUCCUUCUCCGGGCAAUGUGUGGCGUGUAUUUGAUGGCAUUCGUUAGCUUUUACAGUCAAGCUGAAGGAUUGUACGGCGAUGCGGGCAUUCUACCGGCUAGACGAGUGCUGGUGAACGGAACGCUCAAGGAACGAUUGAACCUACUUCAAUUUGCUCCAUUCAUCGGUCUGGACAAUGGCCACGAGGCGAUCGAUUUGCUGUGUCUAGCCGGCGCAACCAUCGCUUUCGUUGGGCUCGUCUCGCGCGCGCACUGCCGUCUGGUCAGCUUCAUCGCCAUGUGGACGCUCUACUUUUCACUGGUCCAGGUGGCACAAUCCUUCCGUCAGCAAGCCGAUCAUCUUCUCCUCGAGGCCGGCUUUCUCUGUAUCCUGCUGGCUCCGGCGCAGCUAUCGGACGGUCGCAAUCCGAUGGAAGAAAUUGCACUGCUGCUGCUGAAGUGGCUGGUGUUUCGUUUCAUGUUCGCCUCGGGCUCGGUCAAGCUGGCCAGCGGUUGCCCAUUGUGGUGGUCACUGGAUGGGUUGAAGCGGCACUACGAAACAAUGCCCCUGCCGACAUCGUACAGCUGGUUCACCUAUCAGCUUCCCGAUGCAUUCCAUCGUCUCAGCACCAUCUACGUGUACCUAAGCGAACUCGUCUGUCCGUGGCUGUUUUUCGCCCCGAGCAAAGCCGUGCGUCGGUUUGCCCUCGGGUGGCACGUAUUUCUUCACCUCAACAUUAUCGGAUGUGGAAAUUACGGCUUUCUGUCCCCGCUCGUGCUCACCCUCAUGCUGACGCUGCUGGACGAUAACGACAAACUUAUUGUGUGGGCGCAGGAGUAUCUUGGAGGCGAACGACGGCAACGUUCACCACGAAAGUCUCCGGGACGCACAGCGCCGGUUGCGAACGAUCCGGAUCGUCAUGGUGGACGCAUCGUGAAAGUGAUAGGGUUGCUUAUGGCCGUCGGAUCGUGGAUAUGCUUCGGAAUUGGCUUUUCGAAUGAGGAUUUCCUUUCGUUUAAGCCAGCGUUUACGAAGGACCAGUACCUGAAUGUGAUGUAUGCAAUGAUUUGGGCAGCUCCGUUGAUGGUUUUCGGUCUUAUGAUCAGAAAGUUUCUGAAGUUGCUAGCAUCCCAAGACAGUGUAGGAAGUUUGGCCGAAGGGAUGCGUCUGUUUUCUAAAAAUCUUGGCCUGCUGAUCUCUACCAUUGUCGCGUUUACCGUGCUCCUUAUGUCGUUCGUGCCACACUCGCGACUUCUGCCGAGCUCCGCUAUCACCUCCCCCGUGAUGACCCGUGCCUACGGUGGCCUGCACAGCUUGUACGUGGUGAACCAGUACGGGACACAUUUGACAAAGAUGCGUCCGAAACGGCACGAAAUAGUGCUCGAGUACACGGAUGACACAAACGAUACCUGGCAUGAGUUCGGGUUUCCCUACAAACCGUGGACGCCCGAGCGCGCCUCGUCGCUUUCCUACGGUUGGUUCUACUUUCCACGGUUCGAUUUCAAGUUCUACGAUGCAGCCGGUUCCAAGACGGACGCUCAAAAGUGGUUCUAUCCGAUGAUGCAGCGACUUCUGCAGCACCAGCGCCCGGUAUUGGAUCUUUUCGAUGGCAAACACGUGCCGACCAAGCCCCCGAAGUACAUCCGUGCCUCCCUGUACCGGUACGCGUAUACAUCCUUUGCCGAGAGUGACUUCUGGGUGCGUGAACGCCUGCGCGACUACUUCAACGUGUCCUCGCUUGAUGAUGCGCGUCUGCAGCAAAAGCUUAAGCAGAUGAGUUUCCCACUAUCCGUGCCCUUGUCGGAGCCAUCGUGGAAUGGGCCGCUUCGCUGGUUGUUGGCCACCAUUCGUCGCUUUAUCGGUGCCAUCGAGGGCAGCUAUUUGGUCACGGGACUGCUCAUGGCAGCCGGUUUGCUCAUCUACACUCAGCACCAGCACCAGCAACAGCAAGGUCAGCAGUCCGGGCGUCCUUAAGCGUGGCACCCAUGCAUGCCAAUGCCAAAACGGUGUCAAUUUUAGUCAAUUUAUGCGCAAGAAAAAAGUAAAAACGCAACUUAAAACACAAUGAAAGAAACAACCAGCACUGAUAGUCUAUUUGCUACGCUCUUUGCUGUAUGCAAUUUUAUGUACGAUUGAACGAGCAAUAGAAUUGCCGUUUUUGUUUCCUGUUUCCCUAUCGUUCAUAAGCACCGUCGUCCUUCACGCCGGGAGGCAAUAAGGAUGGCAAAUAAACAAAGCAAAAAACCCCAUCCAAUCUCA